AUGAAUCUGAUUCCAGAUGUUUACAGAUGUUUUCACCUUGUCUCCCCAGCCCAGCAGAUGCUCCUCCUAUGCCAGGGAGUGAACCGGGUGCGAGAAGAGGCAGGACAGUCCACAAUGUGGAGCCACCACAACCACAGCUACCCAGGUGGGCUAGGGCCUAGUCAUACCGUAGCCUGGUCCCAGAUCUGUUUGUUCACUCAUUGUUACGCCAAGGAGUUGACAUGAUAGCACAAACAGAUCUGGGACCAGGCUAAAGGAGUUGACAUGAUAGCACAAACAGAUCUGGGACCAGGCUAAAGGAGUUGACAUGAUAGCACAAACAGAUCUGGGACCAGGCUAAAGGAGUUGACAUGAUAGCACAAACAGAUCUGGGACCAGGCUAAAGGAGUUGACAUGAUAGCACAAACAGAUCUGGGACCAGGCUAAAGGAGUUGACAUGAUAGCACAAACAGAUCUGGGACCAGGCUAAAGGAGUUGACAUGAUAGCACAAACAGAUCUGGGACCAGGCUAAAGGAGUUGACAUGAUAGCACAAACAGAUCUGGGACCAGGCUAAAGGAGUUGACAUGAUAGCACAAACAGAUCUGGGACCAGGCUAAAGGAGUUGACAUGAUAGCACAAACAGAUCUGGGACCAGACUAAUCAUACCACCACGCUCGCUGUCUUAUAGUAAACAAGACACUUCAUAUUGAAACCAGAGAAGAGACUACGUAGGCUGCAACAUGGGGUCACGUCCUCAGUGAUCACAGCCUCAACACUCGGGUCCGUAUCCCAAAUGGCACCCUAUUCCCUAUAUAGUGCGCUACGUUUGACCAGAGCCCUGAAGGAAUAGAUUUAGGAAUAGGGUGCAGCUUUCGUCUCCUCUUCAGUUCCACCUUAAAGGGCAGAGGUCAGUAUAGAGUCCAAGUUGGGAAGGAUAUUAUUCAGCUGUAGCCAGAGAUGGGACAUGCUAGUAAAUCCAGUAGUAGUGUAGCAUUACAGACGAUAUUGAGGGCUGCUGCCCCAAUACCAGCUCCACUUCACAAAGGUAUUGUGUUCACUUACAGAAAAUAAAGUACAGGCUAUAAAUAUUGUCAUGUGGAAAAUGAGGAAGACACACGAGCUGUCACUCAGUUUAGACACUUGAGAGCCAGGCUGGAGAAAAGGACCACAGGGACCACGUUUAUAAAGUUAUAAAGUAUUUUAAUGUUGUUGUUUUGUUUUUUUUUCCAAUUCAAAGAGAGUAGAGCAACAUAAAAGGAUGAUAUAUGAAAGGGAUUCAAUAGCCCACUGAAAUAAUACACUGAAAUUGCCCUCCAUACAUUGGCAUUCAUUUUCAUUAUUAUUUUUUAAAAUUACUUUCUUAAAAUAAACGUUUUAAUCCAACAUCAAUUACACGAUAAAGUGGAUGGGUUAAGUUUAAAAGCUGAGAAAAUGAGGCACCCUCUAUUUGCUCAGUCAGACAGACACAGACUGGUCACUGGCAGGUUUAAAUGAUCCUCCAGAGCGACUUACAGUUAGUGAGUGCAUACAUUUUUCAUACUGGCCCCCCGUGGAAAUCGAACCCACAACUCUGGCGUUGCAAGCGCCAUGCUCUACCAACUGAGCUACAAGGCCGUUACCAAGGAAAUGCGAGGAACGCCCUUUAUGCAAAGUUAUUAUAAAGCACCAGGUUACUAAAGCACUUUGUGACAACUACUGAUGUAAAAAGGACUUUAUAAAAUAAAAAUGAUUGAUUGAUGGACAUUGCGUGGUUAUUAUGCUUAUUUGUAAACAGAUAAUUAACAAAUAAUACAAAGUCGCCUAAAAUAGACUUUAAAGACAGCGGCAGGUAGCUUAGUGGUUAAGAGCUGCCAGUAGCCGAAAGGUCGCUGGUUCUAAUCCCCGAGCCGACUAGGUGAAAAAUCUGUCGAUUUGUAAGUCGCUCUGGAUAAGAGCGUCUGCUAAAUGACAACAACAAAAAAUAAAGACACAUGUUUUUAUAUAAAAGAUAAGUUAGAUUUUAAUACCAUAAAGCAAAUGAGCUGAGAGGCUUAACUUCACAUGGGAAUUAAAAUAUAAAGGUGAUGCAUAAGGUUUACUAUAACGCACCAUCACGCAGUAGCCUAAUGUCACAAAGUGUGAUCUGUAUUUGAAAGCUGCAAGUCUAUUCAACAAAAGCUAAUCUUAUUUCGAUAGGCAGAAUUGAGCCAGGCGCAUUGAAUUCCAAUAUCCACUUGACACACGUUGCGCACUUGAUAUAAUUUUGGGGUUACUGUCUGUUCGACAUGUUCAGGCUAUAAUUCAUCACACAGGUGACCGCAUGGCUGGUCGACGCAUUGAUGAUUCUCCAUCCAUUGGGAAGCGUCAGGCCUAUAACUUCAGAUCAACCGUAAAAUAUUUCCAGUGUUAGAUCCACAUCUAAAUUGAAUUUUGAAAAGUAGGCCUAUUUACAUUUCACGAUUAGAAAGGACUAUAUUUCGCCUUGUGAGAGUGCAUUGCAUAGGCCUCCGUUGCACUUAUUUAUUUAGGAGCGCUAGAGUUCAUGUCAUUAAGGGGUUCGUCUCCUGAGUGGCGCAGUGGUCUAAGGCACUGCAUCGCAAUGCUAACUGUGCCACUAGAGAUCCUGGUUCGAAUCCAGGCUCUGUCGCAGCCGGCCGCGACCGGGAGACUCAUGGGCGGCGCACAAUUGGCCCAGGGUACGGGAGGGAAUGGCCGGCAGGGAUGUAGCUCAGUUGAUAAAGCAUGGCGUUUGCAACGGCAGGGUUGUGGGUUCGAUUCCCACGGGGGGCCAGUAUAAAAAAAAUAUGUAUUCACUAACUGUAAGUCGCUCUGGAUAAGAGCGUCUGCUAAAUGACUAAAAUGUAAACUAAAUGGACCUUCAGUUUAGGCCUACGUUGCACUUAUUUAUUUAGGAGCGCUAGAGUUCAUGUCAUUAAGGGGUUUGUCAUUCAGGGUUGGCCUUGGCUUUGACUCAACGACCCGAGUGGUUUCCAUACACUUCAAACACUAUGCUAAUUGUUCAGAUUAACAAUCGGCUCUAACUAACAAUGAUGGCCAUUAAAAUGUUUGUCUAUUAGAAUAAUAGGGUCAAUAAAUCUAAAUGCAGUCAAUAACGUUUAGCGCUGUGGGGGGUUAUGCUGUAGGUAGAAGGAGUGUCCGUCUGUGUGUAUUAGGCCCAUUCGUGCUUUUUAAAUGUAUAUCCUAAUUUAGCCUAUUGGUCUUGAUUGAUUGUAAGGCUAAUAGCCUACAAGUCAUAAAGCGCAUUUACAUUUAGGUCAUUUAGCAGACGCUCUUAUCAAGAGCGACUUACUUGUCGGUAGAAUAAGUUUGUGUGGCAUUUAAGAAUGCCUUAUAAAUAGUAAUUUUAUUCCAACACUAUGCCUAGGGUUUUUCAUUCGCACGUUGACCAUUUUUGAUUAGAUUACACUUUACCCAAUUUAAUUUUGGGAAGUUUGCUGCUGUAGGCUAUAUCGCCCAACAUUGACUGCUGUCGCACGUCAGAGCGAGAGCGCAUAUAGUUAAUGCGUUGCAUAGCAGCGGACGGUGGCGAUUAUAUAGGAUAGAUACACUGUAUAGCAUUAACCGGUUGUUAGCCUGUACAGGUUAUGGUCAAUCUGACCGCAAUAAGGCAGGUUGGAAUGUAUUGUCAUGAAUCUUGCCCUGGAGGCAGUUCUGCAGAAUGGUCACUAGCUGGCAAAGCCACAAAGUCAUAACAUCGGAUUUUAAAUCUAACCUUAACCAUAACCACACUGCUAACACUAAUGCCUAACCCUUAAAAAAAGAUCAAAAAGCAAAUGUCUGUUUGUUUUCAUACAUUUUUACGAUAUAGACCAUUUUGACUUUGCAGCUGGCCCAUCUAGCGGAAAUCGCUGGUGUUCUGCAUCCAGGGCAAGAUUCAUGACAAUAAACGUCAACCUUCCGUUAUAACCUAACUCUAAAGCAUACCUAAAGCAUAUUCUCAGAUACAGCUGGUAUAACAGUCAGCCUCAAAGGCAACAAAAAGGCUACAGCAACGGAAAAUCCCAGUGAUGAAGAGAGUUUUCAAACACAAUGUUUUUGGUUCACAAAUAUAAUCUCAUCCCAAACAAACCCUUGUGAUGAUUUGCCAGCAGACAGUCCACAGCAAUGAAGGUAGAACUGGGGGUUUAAAAAAAGGAAUAUUCUCCCGCAGGAGAAGCAAAAAAACAAAAAUAAUAUCACAACAAAUAGGCGUGUCCGUGUGACUAAACAGUCCAGUUAGGUUCUGUGUAAAUGAUGUCUGUGUGUUUCACACAGGCAACGAAUGGACGGACACCGCUUAUGUCAUAGAAUAGCAAAUUAGUUCUGAGAAUUUAGGGGCUGGUUUAGCGGCAUGGGUGACGUAGGUAACUCCUCUACCCAUGUGACCAUCUAGGUCUGGUAGAAUCCAAAAGUAGGGGGAAUAAAAAAACUCAACACUCGAUUUCUCUUCAAAUAUAUACAAAAAUAUUACAAUUUGUACAUAAUUUCACUUUACAUUUGUAUUACACUUGUUCUAUAAUUUAUAUUGUGCAAUAUGCACGAAAAUAAACAUCUCAGAAAGUAGAUUUCUCAGCUAGCAUUAAAAGCUGACUCUCCCCUGCCCUCGGAAAGUGGUAUCAUCACAAGCUCAAAUUCCGAGAAUUGAGCUCUUGUGAUUCUUAGAACUGGGGGUUCUUAGAAGUGGUCAUGCAAGAAGUUUCUAGGAAAGCAAUACCAGGUGAUUUUUUAAAUUCCUUUUUUCCUUAUGUAAUUUGGCGCGAAGUUUGGCUCUUCAUUACAGAUGUUGGUGUGUUUGUGAAUGUGUUUUUAAUCAUGUAAACCUAGGUGAUUUUAAAGGUGUAAGGUGGACGGUUUUGAGCGCACUCUUUGGCGGGUGCCAGCUCCUCUUGACAUCUUCUGCCUGUAUAAUAUUCCGCUGUCUUCACUUCACGCUCUACGGCUCUCGGUUCGCCUUGUGUCGGUUUGACAGUAGAGGCUUUUUUUUUAAUGUACUGUGGUUUAUUCUGUUAGACGUGACUAGUGUGCUGGAAUACUAAUAAUAAACCAGGAGUUCAGUUUGACUAAAGCCUUCUAUAUUCUUAGCAAACCCUAAGUAUAGCUCUAACCUGGCUGGAUUUUGCAACCGUGUCCUUGUAUUGAUAACAGCGGUGUACAUGUACAUUAUAACGUGAUUCCCACCGACAAUAACUAAAUAGCCUAACUUGCACAGUGUGUUGGGGCUUUUGGCAGUUAGCCAGGGGUAUGUGUGUCAAGGGUGUUAUGCUACAUUGUUUUAGAUAUCCAGACAGUCUCGGAGAAAAAUAAUCAAAUCGAGAUAUUGAUUGUCUUGUCUCGCCGUUAUCACCCCAACUCCCCCCCCCCCCCCCCCCCGGAAAUAUUGUUGUUUUUGGUUUGUAGCGUGCCGCUGCUGCACAGCCUACCGUAUGUGCACGUUUAUACCUGCAUGCGAUCUGUCUGGGGCCAGGGGAGGGUGACUUUAGGCAGAAUGACUCCAACGGAUACAAUGUCGCAUUGAAUUUCCGUGAUUAACAGCUACAAUGUUGCAGUAAUUGAGAGCUUAGAAGAUACAAUGUUGCAGUAAUAUAAUGUAUUUGAUUGCUAAAGCUUCAAUGCAAGGAGUCUGAUUUAAAAAAAUAAUAAUAAUAAUAACGUAUAGUUGAAGUGUAGGCUAAGACUAUGAAUAAGAGCCAAAUUUACUGUGAAUGUGAUCGAAAAGUUAAUAACUGAAAAUAAUUACAUUUGUCAAAUAUGACGUGUGUCACUAAAGCGGUAGCCGUAGGUGGGUUAUAGCCUAUAUAUAUGUUAACCGUUGAAAACCGUGGUUACUUCAACCGGUGUAUACAUUCUUUUAUUUCAAGUUCAUUUCGGGAGGUGUCAAGUGGCAGCCUGAGACUUGGGGUUGUGGCAGAGAGUGAUACAUCUGUGUCCAAUGUGUUUGCGUGUUAUUGAACGGGUUGGCUCCACAUGUUGUUCCACGUGAAGAAACUGUCAGUUUAACAAUUUAUUACAUGGGGUUGGACGGAAGGAAUGAGGCUAGUAGUAAAUUAUCCGUUUGAAAUUCGCAGACUGUAGUUUAAACAUGAGCUAUGCCAAAAGUGUUCUCAAAAUAUGCUGAAGUCUUCUGGAUUGCGGUGCAAAUUGAAAGUUGUGUUAUUGCCAUAACGUGUUCUCCUGCGUUUGACUACCCCGCUAUUUAUAUUGCGGAAGAUCAGACAAACUUCUAGGGUAAUAUAUUAAUGAUCAGACGUAUACACUUCUACAGUAAAUUGAUGACAUCUUGUGGUAGAAUUUAAAGCAUCAUAUUUUAAAGUUCAUGGAGCAACUUGUCUUUUAAUCUACCUUUAAUUGCAUGAAAAAUGUAAACUGGGUUUUUUAUUUUAUUAUUAUUAUUACUACUAUACUAUAAUCAUUCAUACAUUUACGUCAUUUAGCAGACGCUCUUAUCCAGGGCGACUUACAAAUUGGUGCAUUCACCUUGUAGCCAUUUUAUUUGGCAGUCAACAAACAGUACGUUUAAAUCUCCCAACUUUUGUCUGGACUAUGCUCAAACUGUUUUCUCCAUCACAAAUGACGUGUGAAUAAGAAAUAGGCUAGCGGUAGCCUACUGGUUGUUUAUUAACGACAUAACGGGGGAACGUGUUGGUUCAGAAGGGGGAAGAAAGAAUCAAGUUCGAGUCCGAUACGGAAUGUUCAACUUGUAAGAAAUGCCGAGAUGACAUAGACAUGAUAUUAUUUAAAGACCCGCCAGCCUGGUUUCAUAGUCUAGAUGUAACAUGGUAAACGUAAAGCCAGGACCCGCAAAUUAGUUUAUGGUUCCAUAAAACAGAAGGUUACAUAUGGGUGGUUGGGUGGGCAUAUAACAAAAACAUCUAGAAACCCAAAGGUUGCGGGUUUGAAGGUCCUCGCCUACAAUUUUAGCUAAUUAGCCAACUACUUGCUACUUUGCAACUACUUAGCACGAUAGCUAACCCUUCCCUUAACCAUAACCCACAGCCCAGCUAAUGUUAGCCACCUAGCUAACGUUAGCCACAACAAAUUGCAAUUUGUAACAUAUUGUACAAAAUGAUGGCCGUCAACUAACACACACGUUUCGAAACGUAACAUAUCCUACUAUUUGGACUGUGGCUCGGAUUUACCUUUUACUAUGUUAUGUCUGACCCUGAGUCCAGGCUGGACACGCCCCCUUAUAAUUUGUCACAGCCUGUGUGUCAAAGUCGGGUGCGUUGUGAUGCACGGGGUGUAGGCUACUGUCCUGUAGGGAAGAAGACUCCUACACCUGGUGUUUGCAUUUCUCAACUAUAUCAUGAACUGUUCCCACACUGUUUCCAUGACUAUGUGACAUUACAUAAUGUAGGCUAGCCUACUGCCACAGAACCCAUACGCCAUACAGAACCAGUUUGUGACUGCAGAAUGCUUGGGUUCAGGCAAAAAUAUAUCCUUCAUCCUCUACGUUCAUGUUUGAGUGCCAAUAAUAAACGAAAUCAGGCGUUAUCCCACUUGCGGAACAAGUGGGGCUGCCCAGAAAAUGUGACUUGAAAGCGCCAUAGUUUCUUUAUUCUGUUGAAUGCUGCCACCUACUGGCUGAAAAGUUCCACUGCAAUCAGAGAAUAUAUGGUGAGGUGGUGAGCAUUUUUUAUUAUUAGAAUAACCAACACAUAAAAAAAAAAAGUGACAAAUGCCAAAAUAACCCCAGCUUUCAUACAAGAUGCUGUCCUUUAUCUUGUAUAUCACAACAUUUUAAUGUCAUUCAACCCUGUUCCUGGAGAGCCUCGUGUAGGUUUACAACCCUGUUCCUGGAGAGAUACCCUCCUGUAGGUUUUUGCUCCAACCCUAACCUAGCGCACCUGAUUCUAAUAAUUAGCUGGUUGAUAAGCUGAAUCGGGUUAGUUACAACUAGGGUUGGUGUAAAAACCUACGUGAGGGUAGUUUCCCGGAACAUGGUUGGAGAGACCUGCAGUUUGGGCCAUAUUCCACUGGGUUUCACCGCCAAGAUACUACUUAUUUGAUUUGAUGAAUGACCAGUAUCGGAGCUGUAUAUAACCCUAUUGUAUGUAUAUCCAUGGCUCUGACUAGAAGAAUUUGUUUUACAUUUUUAUUUUCCCAGAACUUGACAAGAUGGCUUGCGCAGCAGACAGCUGCAUCCAGUUCACGCGUCACGCCAGCGACGUGCUGCUGAACCUCAACCGGCUGCGUAGCCGGGACAUUCUCACGGACGUCACCAUCCUGGUCAACAGACAGCAGUUCCGUGCCCACAAGACUGUCCUCAUGGCCUGCAGGUGUGUUGUGUUCACUUGACUCUUAGGGAGUGUCCCCAAACUGCACCCUAUUCCCUACAUAGUGCACUACUUUUGACCAGAUCCCAUAGGGGUCUCUGUAACCGAUGUCCCACGAAGACAAGACGGGUCUCGGCGCCUGUAACAGAUGUGAUCGUACUUCGUAACUCUCUUGCGUCGUAUUUUUUUUAAAGGACCGUCCAGCCAGUGAUCCCAGUUGAUUUGUGUUGAUAGCUGUAGAUUCCUGAUUCCCAGGUGUAAAGUACUACUUAAGUAUACUAAAAAGAUAGAAAUGCAAUAAUUUCAAAGGUUUUACUGCAUUACAGUUCAUAUGAGGAAAUCAGUCAAUUGAAAUAAAUUCAUUAGGCUCUAAUCUAUGGAUUUCACAUGACUGGGAAUACAGAUAUGCAUCUGUUGGUCACAGAUACCUUAAAGAAAAGGUAGGGGGUGUGGAUCAGAAAACCAGUCAGUAUCUGGUGUGAACACCAUUUGCCUCUUGCAGCGCGACACAUCUCCUUUGCAUGGUGUUGAUCAGGCUGUUGAUUGUGGCGUGUGGAAUGUUGUCCCACUCCUCUUCAAUGGCUGUGCAAAGUUGCUGGAUAUUGGUGGGAACUGGAACAAGCUGUCUUACACGUCGCUCCAGAGCAUCCCAAACAUGCUCAAUAGGUGACAUGUCUGGUGAGAAUGCAGGCCAUGGAAGAACUGGUACAUUUUAAUCUUCCAGCAAUUGUGUACAGAUCCUUGUGACAUGGGGCCGUGCAUUAUCAUGCUGAAAUAUGAGGUGAUGGCGGCGGAUGAAUGACAAGACAAUGUGCCUCAGGAUCUCGUCACUGCAUCUCUGUGCAUUCAAAUUACCAUCGAUAAAAUGCAAUUGUGUUCGUUGUCCAUAGCUUAUGCCUGCCUAUACCAUAACCCCACCGCCACCAUGGGGCACUAUGUUCACAACUUUGACAUCAGCAAACCGCUCGCCCACACAACGCCAUACACGUGGUCUGCGGUUGUGAGGCCGGUUGGACGUACUGCCAAAUUCUCCAAAAUGACGUUGGAGGCGACCUUAUGGUAGAGAAAUGAACAUUAAAUUCUCAGGCAACAUCUCUGGUGGACAUUCCUACAGUCAGCAUGCCAGUUGCACGCUCCCUCAACUUGAGACAUCUGUGGCAUUGUGUUGUGUGACAAAACUGCACAUUUUAGUGGCCUUUUGUCCCCAGCACAAGGUGCACAUGUGUAAUGAUCAUGCUGUUUAAUCAGCUUCUUGAUAUGCCACACCUGUCAGGUGGAUGGAUUAUCUUGGCAAAUGAGAAAUGCUCACUAACAGGGAUGUAAACAAAUUUGUGCACAACAUUUCAGAGAAGCUUUUUGUGCGUAUGGAAUAUUUCUGGGAUCUUUUAUUAAAGCUCAUGAAACAUGGGACCAACACUACAUGUUGCGUUAGUAUUUUUGUUCAGUGUAUUUUUUUUGGGUGUAUCUUUACUCUACUGUUUAUAUUUGACUACUUUUACUUCACUACAUUCCUAAAGAAAAUAAUGAACUUUUGGGUGACAGGGAAAAUGUAUGGAGUAUAAAGUACUGGUUACAUUCUGAAUGCUUAGCAGGACAGGAAAAUGGUCCAAUUCACACACGUAUCAAGAGAACAUCCCUGGUCAUCCCUACUGCCUCUGAUCUGGUGGACUCACUAAACACAUGCUUCGUUUGUAAAUGAUGUUGGAGUGUUCCCCUCGCUAUCAGUAAAUAAAUAAAAUAAGAAAAUGGUGCCGUCUGGUUUGCUUAUUAUAAGGAAUUUGAAAUGACUUAUACUUUUACUUUUGAUACUUAAGUAUUUUAGUAAUUACAUUUCCUUUGAGACUUAAAUAUAUUUAAAACCAAAUACUUUUGCUGAAGUAGUAUUUUACUGGGUGACACAUUUCUGCAGUGGCAAGUGGAAACAUAACCAACCUGUUACAUAGGGGAUAGUGUGGCAUUUGGGAUGCAGACUCUGUCCCGCUUUGAGCAAAGUUUGCAUGUUGCUGUUGAUACUUAAAGUCCCUCUCCCCUCUCUCUGUCCCCACAAGUGAUUUGGCACAUUGCUGUUAGUUUGUUACUGUUCUAUACAUAACUUGAUGCCCCCUCUGUCUCUGUCUCCCAUGUCCGCCUCGCGCUCCUCUGUCCCCUGUCCCCGCGUCUUGGUUCUGUCCUUCUCCUCUCUGUGGUGUGUGUUCGUUUCUGCCCUGUCCCCGCGCUCUCUGUCCCUGUCCCCGCGCUCUCUGUCCCUGUCCCCGCGCUCUCUGUCCCUGUCCCCGCGCUCUCUGUCCCUGUCCCCGCGCUCUCUGUCCCUGUCCCCGCGCUCUCUGUCCCCUGUCCCCCCCGCGCUCCUCUGUCCCUGUCCCCGCGCUCUCUCUGUCCCUUGCCCCCCCGCGCUCUCUGUCCUCCUGUCCCCCCCCCGCGCUCUCUGUCCCCUGUCCCCGCGCUCCCUGUCCCCGCGCUCUCUGUCCUCUGUCCCCCUGCCCGCUCUCUGUCCUCUGCCCCCAUCGCUCUGUCCCCUGUCCCCGCGCUCUCUGUCCCCGCGCUCUCUGUCCUCUGUCCCCGCGCUCUCUGUCCCCUGUCCCCGCGCUCCCUGUCCCCGCGCUCCCUGUCCCCGCGCUCCCUGUCCCCUGUCCCCGCGCUCUCUGUCCCCGCACUCUCUGUCCCCUGUCCCCACGCUCUCUGUCCCCUGUCCCCGCGCUCUCUGUCCCCGCGCUCCCUGUCCCCCGCGCUCUGUCCCCGCGCUCUCUGUCCCCCUCUCCUCCCCCUCUCUGUUCCCCUGCGUCCCCUGUCCCCGCGCUCUCUGUCCCCUGUCCCCCGCUCCCUGUCCCCGCGCUCUCUGUCCUCUGUCCCCGCGCUCUUUCCCCUGUCCCCCCGCUCUCUGUCCCUGCGCUCUCUCUGUCCUCUGUCCCCGCGCUCCUCUGGUCCUCUCGUUGUCCCCGCCCCCUCCGCGCUCUCUGUCCCUGUCCCGCGCUCUCUCGUCCCCGCGCUCUCUUCUGUCCCCGCGCUCUCUGUCCCCGCGCUCUCUGUCCCCGCGCUCUCUGUCCCCUCGCUCUCUGUCCCCUUCCCCACGCUCUCUGUCCCCGCGCUCUCUGUCCCCCGCUCUCUGUCCCCCGCUCUCUUGUCCCGCCUCUCUGUCCCCGCGCUCUCUGUCCCCGCGCUCUCUGUUCCCCGCUCUCUCUUGUCCCCGCUCUGUCCACGCGCUCUCUGUCCCCGCGCUCUCUGCCCCGCGCCUCUGUACCCCUGUCCCCCGCCUCUGUACCCCUGUCCCCUCUCUGUGUGUUCUGUCUCUCUCUGUUUGUGUUCUGUCCCGUGUCCUCCCUCUCUCUCCUCUGUCCCGUGCCCUCUCUCUCCUCUCUCCUGUGUCCUCUCUCUCCCCUCGGUCUCUGUCCCGUGUACCCCUCGCUCUCUCUCUCUGUCCCGUGUCCCCCUCGCUCUCGCUCUGUCCCUGCCCUCUCUCCCCUCUCUCUCUCGCUGUCUCCCCCCCCCAGUUUGUCACUGUACUUAACAUGAUGCUUCCUCUCUCUCUGUCUCUCUCUCUCCAGUGGGUUGUUCUACACUAUAUUUACUGACUCCCUGAAGUGUAACCUGAAUGCCAUCAGCCUGGACCCCAAGGUAGACCCGGAGGGGUUCGCCAUCCUACUGGACUUCAUGUACACCUCUAGACUGACGCUGAAGGAGAGUCUGAUCAUGGCGAUCAUGAACACAGCCAUCUACCUACAGAUGGACCACGUUGUAGACACCUGCCACAGAUUCCUCAAAUCCAGGUAUGUGGACAGGGAAUGGAAGAGGGAAGACUCAACUUAAAAAUCAAAUAAAAAUGUAUUUCUCACAUGCUUUGUAAACAACUAACAGUGAAAUGCAGAUAAUAGAAAGAUAAUAACAUGAGGAAUAAAUACACAAUGAGUAACGAUAACUUCGCUAUAUACACGGAGUACCCAGUAAGAUCAGCUGCUGGGUGUCGGGGAAAUGAAUACAAUAUUACGGGUGAUGUUCUGUGGUCCGUGGCAAUGGGAAGGUCACUGGCCCUUACGUUGGUCUGUCUUUCUCAGUCACUUAAGAAGAUAUUCCUAUUUGCAAAUGAGGACCUGUCAAGAGGCGAGCGCAGCAGCAAAAUACAUUUGUGGGAUUUAUGUGGACAGGGAAGGAAUGUAGCAUGUCUCACUCUUCCUUCCUCCUCAGUGACCCUGGCCAGGCCAACAAGCUGCCCAGAGAUGAGUUCUUGGUCAGCCCCUUGCUUUUACCUCAGGACGUCCAUGCAUACCGGCCCCACAAUGUGGUCGACAACCUGCCCGGCCGGGUCGGCCCCUUCAGAGACGGGAGACCCUACGGCUCCAGCAUGUUCAACGGAGUCAACUCCCCCAGCAACUACCACCUCUACGGCCAGUUCCCUGUCCAGGGGUUCCCUUUCCCUCUCUGCAAGCUGACAGACACCAAAAACGCGUUCUCUGACUUCUCUAAAGACGGGAUCCACCACAAGCACUGUUCCCCCCCGGACACGAGCAGCGCCAUGAGGGUUGAGUACAGCCGGGCGUUGAGCGGGGGCUCGGCCAGCAUCCACCAUACAACCAGCUACGUCUCCUCCAGGGAGGCAGCAACCAGCUACGUCUCCUCCAGGGAGGAGGAGAUAAGGAAGGAGAUCCACGAGGGAGGGGUCAGCCAGGCUGGUGGGGUGGGAGGCUCCAGGAAGAGAGCGUUUGCCACGGCGGGCCACAAGCAGCAGGUGGUGGUUCUGGGUAAGGAGCACGGUCCUCAGACUACAGAGGAAGACAUGAGCCAGCAGCACUACCCUCUGGGGAUCUCCUCAGCCGGACGGAAAGGCCUGAUGAGCAGCCCUCAGAGCCCGCUCAAAUCUGACUGCCAGCCCAACUCCCCCACCGAGUCCAGCAGCAGUAAGAACGCUGGUCUGUCCCUCUCCCAGGCUGGCCGGUGUGGUGCCCAGCCCCCACAGGGAAGCCAGGACCCCAAGGCACGCAACUGGAAGAAGUACAAGUUCAUCGUGCUCAAUCAGAGCGCCGCCAAGGAGGAGGAGGACGUUGGGCUGCAGGAGCCGCGGCUCCGCUCCCCCCAGCGCCUGGGCCUGCCCCCCUACCCCCACCACUCCGACCCAGAGCACCUGGACACGCAGGCCAACACAAAGAUCAGCGAGCACGUAGAGGAUCUGCUGGCUCCACAGGCCUCCCGACUCAACAACAUCAUCAACAGGUAAGGCCUACGGUUGUACUGGAUCAAACACUGAGCUAUACAUGUAGAAUAACUGUAGCAUAAAUGCUUGAUUGCUCCCAUUUUGAUGUCUAGGACUUUAAAAUGCUUUUGUUUUAUCUUUUAAAUUUUGUUUGCCGUCAAAAGUAUCGCUGCAACUUUUUUUGUCCACCGUCACAAGUUUUAAUAAAGCAAUUUCUAACAUGAUGGCAUGGCCCUAGAUGACUGCCUUCCACUGCCACCUGUAGCCUCGUCUCUUUCUGCCCACCCCCCCCCCCUCUUUCUGCCCACCCCCCCCCCCCUCUUUCUGCCCACCCCCCCCCCCUCUUUCUGCCCACCCCCCCCCCCCUCUUUCUGCCCACCCCCCCCCCCUCUUUCUGCCCCCCCCCCCCCCCUCUUUCUGCCCACCCCCCCCCUCUUUCUGCCCCCCCCCCCCUCUUGCAUCUGAAUUGUUGUUGUGGAGGAAUGCCGUCUGACACGCAGCUGUUUGUUUUAGUGUCUCCAGAGCUCUGGAUGGAUCACAGAGGAGCGCUGACAGCCACUCCUCUCUCUACAUCGGCCACUUAAAGUGCACCUCCUGCGGCGCUCCUCCCCCGCAGCACUCUGAAGUGUGUCCCAACACCCCGGCCUCCCGUUUAGCGGAGGAGAUGGCAGAGCUGCACUCUGAGUACUCCGACUCCAGCUGUGGUGAGCACACGCUGCUUUUGAACACUGGAUGAGUCGCAAAUGACUCCCUAUUCCCUGUGUAGUGCACUACUUUAUAUAGGGAAUAUAAGGAAGUAGUGCACUACUUAUAUAGGGAAUAUAAGGAAGUAGUGCACUACAGAUGCGCGGUCUUAAUAUGACCCUGGUUCUCACAGCAGGAAAAUAAUCCUGCAGCAACAGGAAAUCUGAAUUAUGUGGAUUAUAAUUACUGGAUAUUUUUGUAGGGGUUGAUAAAUGUUUCAUUAGGUCAAGUCACAUUUUUAAAGUGGAAAUUACAAACUCUAGAAGCCUUUUAAACAUUGAAUACACUACAAUUUGCAUUUCCUGCAGUAUAGGAAAAUACUCUGCAACAACAAUGAUCAAAUUAAGAUAGCAGGUCUGUAUAUAGGGAACAGGGUGCCAUUUGCGAGGCAGACAUGACCACCUCAUGGACAGAGGCAAGCUUAGCUGCUUGUUGCUUAUACAUGAGGCCUUCUUGAAAAUGAUUGAAGCACCACCAAUCUUGAUUUUAUUCAUUAGUUGACCUAAUGCUUCUCCUUACAGAAAAUGGUACGUUCUUUUGUAACGAAUGCGACUCCAAGUUUGCUGACGACGGCGCCCUGAAGCGCCACAUGCUGCAGGUCCACAGUGAUAAGCCAUACAAGUGUGACCGCUGCCAAGCCGCUUUCCGCUACAAGGGUAACCUCGCCAGCCACAAGACCGUCCACACGGGUACGUAGAAGCAAUAACAAACACGCGUUAACUGCUCUGCCCACUAAGUUUGGUACCUAGCUAACCGUUUGCUCUGUAUUUUGUAUUUUAUUUUUUGCGUUGCAGGAGAGAAGCCGUAUCGUUGCAACAUCUGCGGUGCUCAGUUCAACCGACCAGCUAACCUCAAGACCCAUACUCGCAUCCACUCAGGAGAAAAGCCAUACAAAUGUGAGACGUGCGGUGCUCGAUUUGUGCAGGUGAGCAGAGCUCCUCUCUUUUCAACAAGUAGGGCUGGUCUACCACUGCUAUGCUGCAUAUCCCUUCUUCCCCACUCAUUUCUUCUUUGUAGUCUUCGUAAAAUUCAACUCACCACCACACUGACCCAGUAGUCUCAUCACGUAGUUGUUGUCGUCGUCAGGUUGCUCAUCUCCGUGCCCAUGUGUUGAUCCACACCGGGGAGAAGCCAUACCCGUGUGAGAUCUGUGGAACUCGCUUCCGUCACCUGCAGACGCUGAAGAGUCACCUGCGCAUACACACAGGAGAAAAGCCCUAUCAUGUAAGUACAACACCAUAAUACACACCCUAUCAUGGAAGUACAACACCAUAAUACACACCCUAUCAUGGAAGUACAACACCAUAAUACACACCCUAUCAUGGAAGUACAACACCAUAAUACACACCCUAUCAUGGAAGUACAACACCAUAAUACACACCCUAUCAUGGAAGUACAACACCAUAAUACACACCCUAUCAUGGAAGUACAACACCAUAAUACACACCCUAUCAUGGAAGUACAACACCAUAAUACACACCCUAUCAUGGAAGUACAACACCAUAAUACACACCCUAUCAUGGAAGUACAACACCAUAAUACACACCCUAUCAUGGAAGUACAACACCAUAAUACACACCCUAUCAUGGAAGUACAACACCAUAAUACACACCCUAUCAUGGAAGUACAACACCAUAAUACACACCCUAUCAUGGAAGUACAACACCAUAAUACACACCCUAUCAUGGAAGUACAACACCAUAAUACACACCCUAUCAUGGAAGUACAACACCAUAAUACACACCCUAUCAUGGAAGUACAACACCAUAAUACACACCCUAUCAUGGAAGUACAACACCAUAAUACACACCCUAUCAUGGAAGUACAACACCAUAAUACACACCCUAUCAUGGAAGUACAACACCAUAAUACACACCCUAUCAUGGAAGUACAACACCAUAAUACACACCCUAUCAUGAAGUACAACACCAUAAUACCACCCUAUCAUGGAAGUACAACACCAUAUACACACCCUAUCAUGGAAGUACAACACCAUAAUACACACCCUAUCAUGGAAGUACAACACCAUAACACACCUAUCAUGAAGUACAACACCCAUAAUACACCCCUAUCAUGGAAGUACAACACCAUAAUACACAUCCCCUAUCAUGGAAGUACAACACCAUAAUACACACCCUAUCAUGAAGUACAACACCAUAUACACAACCCUAUCAUGUAAGUACAAAACCAUAAUACACACCCUAUCAUGGAAGUACAACACCAUAAUACACACCCUAUCAUGAAGUACAACACCAUAAUACACACCCUAUCAUGGAAGUACAACACCAUAUACACACCCAUCAUGGAAGUACAACCCAUGAUACACACCCUAUCAUGUAAGUACAACACCAUAAUACACACCCUAUCAUGGAAGUACAACACCAUAAUACACCCCUAUCAUGGAAGUACAACACCAUAAUACACACCCUAUCAUGGGAAGUACAACACCAUAAUACACACCCUAUCAUGGAAGUACAACACCAUAAUACACACCCUAUCAUGGAAGUACAACACCAUAAUACACACCCUAUCAUGAAGUACAACACCAUAAUACACACCCUAUCAUGGAAGUACAACACCAUAAUACACACCCUAUCAUGGAAGUACAACACCAUCAUACACACCCUAUCAUGGAAGUACAACACCAUAAUACACACCCUAUCAUGGAAGUACAACACCAUAAUACACACCCUAUCAUGGAAGUACAACACCAUAAUACACACCCUAUCAUGGAAGUACAACACCAUAAUACACACCCUAUCAUGGAAGUACAACACCAUAAUACACACCCUAUCAUGUAAGUACAACACCAUAAUACACACCCUAUCAUGGAAGUACAACACCAUAAUACACACCCUAUCAUGUAAGGACACAAACUACACAAUUCAACUUGAUCUAUCAGUCAGUGUGGCAUUGAUGUACACACUGAAAUCGAGGUGUUAAACCAGGAAGAUCGGAGGAAAAAAAACUGACCUUCUUUUUAUUUUUCAGUGUGAGAAAUGCAACUUGCACUUUCGCCACAAGAGUCAGCUUCGAUUGCACCUUAGACAGAAACACGGAGCGAUUACCAACACCAAGAUCCAGUACCGCAUGUCCACUACAGAGCUGCCAACCGACCUGACCAAGGCAUGCUGA